CUUAUUUUUCUUUGAGACAGAGAUAAUAGGCUGGGGAGCUGUGAGGCCGGUCAACUCGCUCGAACCGAGAAGUGGAGGCCUUGAGCCAAGGAGACCACACUGAACUUGGUGUGGUUGAUGGGUGACCCAGGCGGAGAACCGCAGCUGAUUGCCCCCAGCGGUACCCUGCCCGAGGGGGAAAAAGCCAUGAUUGAUGGAUAUCAUCGUUAUGGAUGCAGCUACCCUGAUCUUACUGUCCGUGAAGUUGGAUCAACCAUGAGAACUUCAAAUGAAUGCAAUGCAAUUCCCAGAUAUCAUCAUUAUGGAUGCAGCUACCCUCUUCUUACUGGCUGGGAAGCUGAAUUAACCAUGAGAACUUCAAAUGAAAGCAAUGCAAUUCCCAGGGCAUCUCCCCCGCAGCAACAUAGUUUGAAACAUUGGUGUCAUUUGGGCUUUCGGAAUUUCAGUUUCGCAGCUUUUAUUGGCAUUAUCGCUACCAUCUUUUCAUGGAUGUGCCCAUUAAUUCCUCCAUACGGAAAUCAAAUCUCCAACUCCACUGGAACGUGCGGCGUAUCACCUAGUCUAAGCAAAACACCUACAGGCAAGCAGAGAUACUAUGCCGACUCGGCAUCAACUAUUCACGCCACUGGUAAUCGGAGUCUCAUCUCCAACCUGACAACCGAGAAGGCGGGGGCCCUGAUUAUGACGGCCAAUGUGCACUCUCCUCUUCGAUCACACGGAUGUGGACAUGUAAGCUCUGACGACAUCGUGUUGCCGGAAGUUCACUACGUCCCAGGUUUGGGCAUCAACGUUGUGUCCGUUUCCAAACUUGCAGAGCUGGACUACAUGUUGAUGUUCGUGCACAAAGGAUGCUCCAUCUUUGACACCAGAAGCAAUGAUCUAGUUGGCAAAGGCCGAGCCGUCUCAGGCCUUUUCGAGCUCGAUUAUCUCAGGGUCCCUCUUGACCGGGCACAGGCCUGAGUUUGUGUGUCUCGCCCACGUCUCAGGACAAGUCCUACCUGCAGAGGUUCCGAAGACACUGCUGCAGGCCUAUGCUAUUAUUGAAUAAAGAAAGACCAGUCGAACUUUCGUGCAUGAAUAUUUACGACCAAGAAGACAAUUACCAAGAAGACAAUUAAUAAAAUGGCUGCAUGCAUCAUCCAGAUGCAGAGGCAGGGGUUUUCUCCCAUUUCAAAAAAAAAGUUCCGAGAAUAUUGUGGUACGGUUUCCAUUUCUCUUUCUCUGCCAGGUUCUGUUACCUUGACCUAUUAUACUAGAUGAUACCCCGCGCGUUGCUGCGGGAAUCAAUUGCAAUAUGUGUUGAUCAAA